AUGACUUUAGGAGAGUGGAUUCAUCACCUCUGCUCAAUUUUCCGGUGCGAACGUUAUGACGCCGAAUUUCAUAUCGGAAAGAUAAGAGUCGAUAUACAAUCACUUCGAAACACUUUCCCAAAACUCAGAGAAACUGUUAUUCAUGGUUCUUUGGAACCGAACGAUCAGGACAUUCAAAGCGUUAUUUUGAGAGCUUUUCUACCUGAUGUCAAAUAUGUCCAAUUGCAUGGUGUCCCUCUCCAAGGUAACCUUUCUAUUCAACACAUUGGAAUAGCAAAUUUAGAAGAAUUGAAACUAUGUGCUUAUCGUAAUCUGAAACUCGAUGAUCUUUUAACCCUGAAUGUCGAAUGUUGUACUAUUGUUGAAAGUCAAUUCUCACUUCGCGAUUUGAAUCGAUUCUUCAAACUAUGGACGAAAGGAUCCUUUCCAAAAUUAAACUAUUUGAGGGCUCAUGUGGAAAGCAUCGCAGAUUGGAAUGUCUUGAUGAAAGGACUACAGCCGGAAGAAGCAAGAAGAUUACAGGCAGCAGGAGGAGAAAAGGAAAAGGAGUACACGUUCAGAAUUGUUAUGGGAUUCGCGCUAGAAUCAAAAUGUCUAAUAUACAUUUGGUUGUUACUGUUAUUCUCACUGUUUCCAAUUGAUAUUUGA